AUGCUGCUGCGCCUGCUGCUGGCCUGGGCGGCCGCCGUGCCCGCGCUGGGCCAGGCCCCCUGGACCUCCGAGCCCCAUGCCACCUGCGGCCCCGGGAGCUGCUACGUGCUCUUCCUGCGGCGCAACACCUUUCUGGAAGCCUGGAGGGCCUGCCGGGAGCUGGGGGGGGACUUAGCCACACCGCGGACUCCCGAGGAGGCCCAGAGCGUGGACAGCCUGGUGGGGACCAGCUCGGCCAGCGGCUUGCUGUGGAUUGGCCUGCAGCGGCAGCCCCGGCACUGCCAGCCGCAGCGCCCACUGCGGGGCUUCAUGUGGACCACGGGCGACCAGGACACGGCUUUCACCAACUGGGCCCAGCCAGCCACGGGCGGGCCCUGCCCGGCCCAGCGCUGUGCAGCCCUGGAGGCGAGCGGUGAGCACCGCUGGCUGGAGGGCUCGUGCACGCUGCCCGUGGACGGCUACCUGUGCCAGUUCGGCUUCGAGGGUGCCUGCCCAGCGCUGCCAGGUGAGGCGAGCCACACCGGCCCAGCCGUCUACACCACGCCCUUCCACCUGGUCUCCACCGAGCUGCAGUGGCUGCCCCUGGGCUCCAUGGUGGCUGUGAAGUGCCAGGCGGGCGGAGAAGCCUCUCUGCUCUGCAUGAAGCAGCCCGAGGGGGGUGUGGUCUGGUCCCAAGCCGGGCCCCUGUGCCCCAGCGGCUGCGACCUGGACAACGGGUCCUGUGAGCAGCAGUGCGUGGCCGAGUGGGACGGCCGCGCGUCCUGCCGCUGCACCGAGGGCUUCUGGCUGGCCGAGGACGGGCGCAGCUGCGAGGACGCCUGCACGCACGCCCCCUGCGAGCAGCAGUGUGAGCCCGGCGGGCCGCAGGGCUACAGCUGCCACUGCCGCCUGGGCUUCCGGCCCUCGGACGACGAGCCACACCGCUGUGUGGACACAGACGAGUGCCAGAUCCCUGGCGUGUGCCAGCAGAUGUGCGUGAACUACAUCGGUGGCUUCGAGUGCUACUGCAGCGAGGGCCACGAGCUGGAGGCGGACGGCGUCAGCUGCAGCCCUGCCGGGGCCGCGGGGCCUCCGGCUUCCCCGGGGCUCGGACACCAGCUGGAGAACCAGGAGGGUGAGGAGGGCGAAGAGGACCAGGGGGCCGAAGAGUUCGAGGGCGGCGAAGAGUUCGAGGGGGGCGAAGAGGACGAGGAGCCUUCGCCCGACUACAGCCUGGCCUAUACCUCCAGCUUCUCAGAGAGCAGCGAGCAGCUGAUGGCCUCCUGGGACCCCACAGGGCCACCCCCGCUCAGUGCCCCUAGGGUCCCCUACCACUCCUCAGUGCUCUCUGUCACCCGGCCUGCGGUGGCCUCCACCACGCGGCCCACAUGGCCUUCUGCCCUGCUCCCAUCCCCAGCCCUGGCCAGGGACACAGCUUUGCCCCCUGACCGUCGGGUCUCCCAGUCCCCAGCCCGCUCUCCAGACCUGCCUGCUGCCCAUCCGCCCCCUGUGACCUCAGCUAAAUAUCCUGCCAUGUCCCCUGCCCACCCUUCCCCAAUGUUUCCAGACACCCAGGCCGCCACACACUUGUCUCCCACCCCAGCUGACCACAAUCCUCUGGCCACCACCUCUCCUGCCCACCAGCCCCCCAGGACGCCAGACAUCCCAGACCUAAAAGUCUGGACCAGCCCCUUUCCUGUCUCUGCUGUUCAGCAUCCCCUGGCCCCUACUCCCAGGUCCCCGGGACUCCCUGUCCGUCAAGUCCCCGUGCCAGCUGUCACCCCACCCCCAGGCCUCCACACUCCCCCGCCCUCGCAGAGCCCCACUAAUCAGGCCUCACCCACCAGCUCCUCACAUCCUCCUUCAAGAGUCCCAGGGGCAGGCAAGCCUGAGCACACGCUGGCCCCGGCAGCGGGCUCCACAGCAGCCCCAACAGCCCUCGGCGAGGCCAGUCCAGCGGGUCACAGCCGGAGGGAUGACCGGUGGCUGCUGGUGGCACUCCUGGUGCCAACUUGUGUCUUCCUGGUGGUCCUGCUCGCACUGGGCAUUGUGUACUGCACCCGCUGCGGCCCCCACGCACCCAACAAACGUGUCACUGACUGCUAUCGCUGGGUCACCCACACGGGGAGCAAGGGCUCAACGGAACCUGCGCCCCACAGGGGCAGCCUCACAGGGGUGCAGACCUGCAGAACCAGCGUGUGAUGAUGGGGUGCCACCCCGCCCUCUGCAGGAGGCUCGGAGGGAAGGGGCAUGCAUUGGGCACAGGGCCCUGGCGGUACCAGGGACCCACGGGGGCUGCUCCUCUGGACACAGGACUUCCUGUGUCCCCCCACUCCCAGGGCCCAGCCAGGCUCUCAGUAAACUCUUGGAAACUGCCCCCUAGCCCAACAGAGGAGACGCCGAAGCCCCCAGGACCUCAGGGAGCGGGGUGCUGGGAUCUUCUCCAAUAAAUGG